CCAUCGGCAGUCGACCACUUCUUCGCACUACCGCGCUCACGCUGGUUUAAAUUUAAAACAAAACACCACAAAACUGCAGAUUUAGUGAAAGAAACUUCAUCAAGACACAGUGCCAAGAUGAGACUGAGUGGUAUUACAAUAUUUACACUGUUCCUAGUGAUAUGUCUAACAUCAGCAUAUCCACAAUUUCCCCCACGGCUGCAAAUCCCCGGUGCGGUAUUCGUCGACGCCAUUCCCCCUAAACAAGCGACACGUUCCCGCGCACGCGCACAAGCUCCCCCUCAGCAACAAUCUUACAUUCCGCAUGAAGUGCGUCCUGUAAACGAAGAACCCGAUGAUAUCCCAUCACCCGUCCGUUACGUACCAUCACCCGCAGCUAUUCCAGUCCAACACCUCUUAGAAGUAGAACCUGAACAGUCAGAUGAACGCGAACGUCCGCAACCACCAUUCCGUCCCGAACGACCAAUCGCAGCGCAGCGUCAGAUUCAAUACGUUCCGCAACCACAACAACAGCCGCAACAGCAACAAAUCCGCCCGAAACAAAACUACGCGCCUGUAGAAAUCGCCGUGCCACAUCUACGCCGUCCAAAUCCUCAACCAGCUCCACAACAACCACGUCCAGCUCAACAACCACGUCCUGUCAGUCGCCCCGCUCCUCAAUACCUUGAUGAUGACUCCCAUCGCACACGCAAACCUCCAGUGCAGAUUCUGCGUAAAUAUCGCACAGAUAACGCUGACGGAAGCAUCACCUGGGGUUAUGAGAACGAAGAUGGUUCCUUCAAGGAGGAAACCAUUGGUAUUGAUUGUAUAACACGUGGAAAGUACGGUUAUGUUGAUCCAGAUGGCGUUAAACGUGAAUAUUCAUACGAAACAGGCGGUACUUGUGAGGAACCGGAAGAGGAUCUCGAAGAUCUCCCACCGGGUCAAGCUGCGCAGGCGCCGAAGGGUAAGAAGCCGCAUUAUAAGCCCCUGCCACAGUAUGUUAACUAAGUGUUUGUAAACGUAGGUUAUGUUAAUGUAUGUUUUGAUUAUGCCAUUAAUUAUUUUAAAUGAUAAAUAAAUUUAAUGCCAAAAUG